CUCACAGUCUCCAAGGCAUAUGUGUCCUCAAUCUUCCUGCUUCUAAAAAGGGCGACUACUCGCCAGCGAAACAAAGAAGAAGAAACAAACGCGGCAAAAAUGGCCGCACCUGAAGCCCCUCUGUGCUAUGUCGGCGUCGCAAAAGCAUCUCCUGCUUUUCGUCUCAUGAAACAAAUGGGAUGGGAGGAAGGAGAGGGGCUAGGGAAAGACAAGCAGGGGAUCAAAGGAUACGUUAGAGUCAAGAACAAACAGGACACUACAGGUGUUGGUGUAGAGAAGCCAAACAAUUGGGCUUUUGAUACUACUCAAUUUGAUAGUAUUCUCAAGAGAUUGAAAGUGCAAGCUGCACAUGCACCUCAUGAAGUUGUUAAGAAGAAGCAUACAGAAGAAAAAACAGAGACUGGUGUAUCUAGUGAUCAUCAAGAACCAGUUGUCAAGGCUACUCGACCACAGGGAAGAUAUAAGAAAAGAGAGAGAGGGAAGCUUGUCCAUGCUUAUUCUUCAAAGGAUCUAGAAGGAAUUCUGGUCAAAAAGGUUGAGGAGUCAUACCAGAAAAAUCCUAUUGUAGAAAAUGAGCUGCAGUCUGCGGAAGCAUCUGAGCCUGAAAUUUUUUAUCCUGAAGAAUCCAAAGCUGAAGCUGUUUCUCAAGAAUGGUGGGGCUAUAAAUCUGGAUUUGUCUCAGGAGGUUUUCUUGGAGCUCAAACUAAAAAGAAGAACAGAAGUGGAAAUGCUCGAAAUUGUAAUAAGAGGACUGCAUUCGUUGAAGAAGAUCAAGAGAACCUUUACAACCUUGUCCAAGGCAAAGCCACAGCUGGAAAGCAAGGACUUGGCAUUAAGGAUCGACUGAAGAAAAUAGCUGGUGUCCGCUUUCAGGGAAAAAAGAUAUCUUUUAGCAAUAGUGAUGAUGAGGAUUCUGCAUCUGAUGAUAUGGAUUCUGCUGAUUUUGAUUCAUCAGCAGAAGAAAAAUAUGAUGAGACUCCAGCAAUAGAAAAUGUUGAUGAAGAGAAAGUUGACAAUGAGGAUUCUGCUGAUUUUGGUUCCUUAGGAAAACAAAAAUGUGAUAGCACUCCGGAAAUGAAAAUCAUUGAUGAACAAAAAGUGAAGUUGAAGAAGUUGUGUAAGGGACUUCUACGUCAGGCACCAAGAGAGUCACUAAAACUAAAAAAGUUGAAAGUUCUUAUUGAAGAGCACUCAUCUUCUUUUAUUUCCAAUUUCUCUUUGAGGAAAGAUGCUCUUGCUUACUUGAAACAAAAGCUGGAAGGCAGUCGAAAUUUCUCUGUAGAGGGAAAGCGAGUAAGUCUUGCGUGCAGGAGAGGCUGAAAUUUUGUCUAGGAAUUCAGUUACCUGCAACGCAUGGAUGUAUCUUCUCCGUCUGAGUAGAUGGUGCGAUGUCUGCAUUUGAGGAUGAGUGAGCUUCAACUAGUCGCCUAAUCUUCAAACCAGACUGGUAUCAAGCCACGCACCGUGAUUGAAGACCAAGAUUGAGAAGGUUCUUGAAGCAGAUUAUGAGAAAGUUAACAAAUAUCCCGUGAGCAUACAACCACCAAAUCCUUAAAAGCAGUGAAUGGUGAACGUGUUUCACUCCACAUAGAGCUUAUAUAUGUUGCUUUUUAAGAAGUUGCAUGGAAGGCUCUUCACAUGAUCACCAAGCAAAUCGCAUCUACAAAUACUUUAUUUUGGUGCUCUAUAAAGGGAUUGAAGAAAUUAGUUUUUAGCUUUAGUUUAGUAGAAGAAAAAGGGAUAAUAUUAUUUGAACCUGUCAAUGAUGGUUGAAAUAUUCAGCAAAUGAUAUGAACAGGGACGAAAUUUCAUCUCGUUUAGUCAAAUUACAGAAUCUUUCAAUGUCA